ACGCAAAAAAGUUCCACUUCUAAGCCCUAACUCCACAAGGAACACAAAACCCAUUGAUAAAAAUGGCUGAUACCCAAAAUACCAUUUUCGUCUUCCGACCAGACCAGCAGAAUCUGGCACCUAAACCUCUGACUCCAUUCUCUGCCGUGACCCCUCACCGUGCUACGGCCUCACGAGCACGCCGCCUCAUCUCUACCACAACCCUCGAAAUGAUUAUUGAAGAAGAUACCGCACCGGAAGAAGAUCAUCCUAGCACUGUCGCUGCGAGGGAUACUCUUCCGGUAUUUCCGUCGACCUCCUGUUUCUUGAUGGCCAAUAAACAAGUCUCUUUCAUGUUAUACGGAAGCUGCAAGUGCCCUUGAUUAUUUUCACUACAAACCGACUGAAGAAUGGUGUUUUUUUUCUUGUACUAGUCAAGUUAGUAAUAUCUGAUGUCAGUUAUGGUCGAUGCUUUGUUUUUACAGAAGUUUAUUUUCUGUUAUACGGAAGCUGCAAGUGCCCUGGAUGUUUUUUCACCACAAAGCAAUUAUGGUGUUUUUUUUUUACUUUUCUUGUAAUAAUCAAGUUAGUGAUGUCUGAUGUUCGAUAGUGCAUGGUGCUAUGUUUUAAUAGAAGUUGAAUCAACU